AUGGACAUCUUGCCCUCAAUUAUUUCUAUAAUAAUGGAGUACACAGUUAAACCUGUUGGGCGGCAAGUGGGUUAUCUAAUUCACUACAAAAGCAACUUGAAAAAUCUAAGGAGCAAAUGGGAGAACUUUGAUGCUGCCAAAGACAGUAUGAAGCAUAUGGUUGAUGAAGGCGAAAGAAAAGGUAAAAGAGUUCGUACUGACGUCAAAAAAUGGCUGACAGAAGCGAAUGAGAUGAUUCAAGAGGCAAAGAAAUUAUUGGACGAUGAAGACCAUGCAAAGACAAAGUGUUUCCGUGGAGUAUGUCCUAAUCUGGUUUCUUAUCAUCAGGUUAGCAGGAAAUCAGCAAAAUUAACAGAAAAGAUUGAACUCCACGAUGACCAAAAAGAAAAGUUUACCAUUGUUUGUUACAAUCCUCCCCUAGAAGAGAUAUGUGCCAUGCCCUCUCAAAACUACAUGCCCUUUGAAUCAAGGAUUUCAAUGGUGAAGGAAAUCAUGAAGGAACUGAAAAAUCCUGAUACCAACAUGAUUGGGGUGUACGGAUUGGGUGGUGUUGGGAAGACCACACUCUCCCAAGAAGUUUAUAGACAAGCUACGAAAGAGAACUUAUUUGAUGAGGUGGUUAUAGUCUUGGAUGUGAAAAAGUAUCCAGACUUGGAAAAAAAGGAAAGAAUUCAAAAAACAAUUGCUGAAAAGUUAGGUAUGGAUGUUGACGAAACUCAGGAUAUGGAAGCGAGGGCAAAGCAUCUAUGGAAUAGAAUAAAAGACAAUAACAUUUUUGUAAUUUUAGAUGAUGUCUGGGAAGCAAUUGAUUUGGAGGCUUUGGGACUUCGCCCAAUGGCGACUUGUAAAAUAUUGUUGACAUCUAGAAAUCGAGUCUCUGAGAUGAAUAUGGAAAAAGAGUUUCGGCUUGAAGUUUUAAGCGUGGAAGAAAAUUGGAGUUUAUUUGAGAAGAUGGUAGGUGACGUUGUUAAAGAUGACCGUAUACAUGAAGUAGCAACUGAAAUAGCCAAAAAAUGUGGAGGUUUGCCGGUUUCAGUUGUUGCAGUUGCAAGGUCUCUAAGAUCAGCCACUACUUUAGAGGAAUGGAGAGUUGCCUUGAGGGACUUCAAAAGUAUUGACGAACAGGGAUUGACAGAAUCAGCCUACUUAACUUUAGAAUGGAGUUACAAUCGAUUGGAUGCCAACGAGCUUAAGCCAUUGUUCUUGUUAUGUGGAAUUAUUGCAGGGGGUGGCUGUACAAUUUCUCUCAGUGACUUGUUGAAAUAUGCUAUGGGUUUGAGUUUGGUGAAAAAUGUUGAUACAGUGGAAGAGGCACGGGAUAAAUUGAUUUCACUAGCUAAAAAACUUAUUAAAGAUUAUUGUCUGUUGCUAGGCAUUGAUGAUGAUGGAGAUAUUAGAAUGCAUGAGCUUGUACGAGAUGUUGCUAUGGUGAUUGCAUCUAAAGAUAAUCACGCCAUUGCAAAAGCAUAUGGAGAUGAGCUGAAAGAAUGGCCAGAUAGAAAUUCCCUUAAAAAAUGCACUCCGAUCUCCUUAAAAUCUUGCAAGAUCCCCAGACUUCCUAAAGUACCUUGGGUAUGCCCAGAAUUGAGAAUUUUUCAUUUGGAAAAUCAUAAUAUUGAUGACUCCUUGGAAAUCCCAGGCAACUAUUUUGAAGGGAUGAAGGAACUCAAAGUGUUGGAUGUAACCAGACUGCGAAUUCCGUCAGUGCCGCCAUCUCUUCAAUCCCUAACAAAUCUUCAAACUUUGUGUUUAGAUCAGUGCGUGUUGGGGGACAUAGCUCUAGUUGGACAGCUACCAAACUUGAAAAUUCUUAGCCUUAUACACUCCCAGGUUAAAGAGUUGCCCAAAGAAAUAGGGCAAUUGACUCAUCUACAAUUGUUGGAUUUGACUGAUUGCUCUGAACUUGUACUGAUCCCAGCUGGCGUUAUAUCAAGCUUGACAAGUCUAGAAGACUUGAGAAUGGGAAGCUUUAAGGAAUGGGAAGGAGGUUUAAAUGAUGGAAGAAGUAAUGCGAGCGCGUCAGAGCUGAAACAAUUGCGUCAACUAACUGCAUUAGAGAUACGUAUUCCAGAUGCUAAGCUUCUUCCAGCAAACAUGUUCUCGGAUACAAAGUUAGAAAGAUACACCAUACUUAUUGGUGAUUGUUGGCUAUAUCCUAAAAAUUACAGAACCUCCUCUAACAAGUUAAAACUCAAGCUCACUACGAACAGUCAAUUCGACCAAGGUAUAAAAUUGCUGCUAAAGAGAUGUGAACAUUUGGACUUGGAUGGGGUGGAGGCUGCAAAUAUGAUUUUCUAUAUAUUAGCAAGUGACAGUGGUAAACAACUGAAGAAUCUCCAUGUCCAAAACAAUGAUGUUGUUACAUCUCUCAUUAACUCGAGUCAUGCCUUCCCCAACUUGGAGUCACUAUCUCUUUACAACCUUGUUAAUUUGGAAACUGUAUGUUGUGGCCAACUCAUAGCUCAGCCUUUUCAAAAGUUACGAUAUUUGACUUUGCGGAAUUUGCCAAAGCUUAUUGGUUUCUCCUCCAAAGGGAGCACGUCAGUUGUAAGUACAGAGGCCGAAGAAAUCAUUUUGGAGAAUGAAAUUGGUGGACCCACGAAAGUUUUCAUGAAUGGGGAGGUUCUGAUACCCAACUUAACACGCUUGAUCUUGAAUCAAUGUGAUGGUUUAAGAUUCUUGUUUUCUUGUUCCAUGGCUAGACGUCUUGAGCAACUCGAACAUCUUGAGAUAUCCACAUGCCAAAUGAUGGAAGAGAUAGUCUCAGCAACAUAUGACACGUCAACCACUCAGUUGAAAACUUUUGAGUGCCCAAAUCUUGAUUUUGUUGAGAUAGAUGCGUGCGAGAGGUUGAUAAAUAUAUUUCCAGCCUCGGUGGCCAAUAGUCUUGAACAACUAACGAAGUUGAGUGUUGAGAACUGUGCCUUUUUGGAGGAAAUUGUUGCCAAGGAAGGAGUAGAAAUGACACCAACUGAGGAGUUUGUGUUUCCUAAUGUAACAUUUGUGCACUUUGAACAUCUUCCCCAAAUGAGGAGUUUCUAUCCGGGGCUGCAUGUUUCCAAGUGGCCAUUACUCAAAGAGUUGAGAUUCGAUCAAUGUGGUAAAGUGGAGAUUUUUGCUUCCGAAUAUUCAAGAUUCCAAAAAAUACUUAAUUCGGGUGCAUCAAUCAUACAACCUUUUUUGUUAGUUGACAAGGGUAAUCCAUUCCCCAACUUGAAAGUAUUGGACUUGGACGAGAACACGAAGAUUUGGAAUGAAGCGCAUGGUCCACUCCCAGCAGAGUUGUUUAUCAAUUUAAAAGAGAUUGUAUUUUCUUGUGCACACCCCCAGUCAUUUCAUUUCCUUGAGAAAUUACGUAAUCUUGAAGAGCUCCAUGUUUAUAAUGGUCCUUGGAAAGAAAUAUUUGUGUAUGAAGGAACUUGUAGCGGGGAAAUAGAUGCAGUUGGGAGGACCCUCCCGCACGUAAAGAAUUUGUGUCUCGACCAAAUGGAGGAGCUGAUGCAUCUAGGGAAUGACACUUCCGAAUCAAUUUUCCCAAACUUGGAAAUUUUGAAGGUGUACAGAUGUGCAAAAUUAAAGAAUGUAACUUCAUCCGCAAUAUCCUUUCGGAAUCUAACCACUUUGGAUGUAUGGCGUUGUGGCGGACUGAAAUACUUAACAACUUAUUCAGUGGCUAAAUGUUUACAGCAACUCAAAAUUUUGGAAGUUGAGUACUGUGAAAGCAUGAUAGAGAUAGUAGCAAGCAACGAAGAUGAACAAGAUUCAGGAAAUUAUUACGAGAUUGCUUUCAGUUCCUUGCAACAUUUGAAACUUUAUGAUCUACCAAUUCUGCAAGGCUUUUGCUCAUCAGAAAUUUUCACUAUCAGGGUCCCAUCAUUAAACUCCUUAAUCGUCGAGAAAUGCCUGAUCGAGUUGAAGAUUUCCCCUGAUAAGUCACUGAUCCAAAGUAGUUCAAGACCAGAAAGACUACAAAUAACAGAGGAAGUGGAAGAAGAAAAAGAAAAAGAAGAAGAUGAUGAUGGCAAUGAAACUGGAGGGAAGCAGCUGAUUGCCCAUACAAGUUAGUGCUGCAAGACUCCAUAUUCCAUAGUUUGCACCACAAGUCCUAAAUAGUUUCACUCUUGCAAGCGGCCGCCCCAUGGCACAGGCCGAAGAAUUUGGAAAUGGUUGUGUGAUUUGUGUUGGCAUUUAGGCAUUCCAAUUCCUGUUGUGUUAUGCUUGUGUUGCCAUCCAUGUCUAUAACUGGUUUGUGACAGAAGUGUGAUUUAUAUCGGAGCUCUGUUGGUUUUGGAACCUCAAGUCCUUACUUUUGGCUUUAGGGAUUGGUUCAUGUCCCUUAGCUCUGCUAUUGUGCUGGUUGCAAAUGGAGGCUUCAUCUGUGAACUCUUUUGUUGAAUGUUUUUUUCCUGCUGUGUUCAGUUGCACCAAGUGCUUGGGAAAUGCUUACUCUGUGAUUUGUGCAAUUCAAUAAAUUGUAAUUAAAUUCAUAAAUCUUGGUAUUUCUUCCAGUACUCUGCUUUUUUACAUGUCUCUUUUGUUGAACCCUCAAACUCAUGAAGUUUAUCUCAACGACAUUUUCU